AAAAGAGGACUCGGGAUCAAGAAUCUGCAGUACGCAACAAAAAAGUGAAGUUCUGAUGGAUCAAGAAUAUUAUGGCCCUUGCCGCGCUCGAUGCGCCGCGGAAGGUGCAACAGCAUUUGUCUGCCUGCCGGACCAGGUCGCGACUCUUUAAUUUCGAGCAGUUCAAGGCGCUCGUGCGUCCAUUGAAAUUCGGCAAACGAGCGGAUUUUCAUGUGUGGGCGAAAAGCUGUAAACGGCCGCUGCGCAUCCCUCUGGCACCAGACAAAUUCUACCGUGGCCGAGGAUGGGUCUCGUGGAUGGAUGCGCUGGGAUACUACUAUCCGUCCAGAAUUCGCCGUGCAGAAAAAGCAGAGUCAGAGCCGCUUCGGAAGGAGCCUCGGAGCGCAAACUAUGAAGAAGCGCUGGCUUGGAUUAUGAGUACCCUCGCGGAGCACGCGUCGGACUACGAGGUCCGAAGACUGCCGCGCAAAAUGCAGGGAAGCCUUUUUGUGCGUAGACGCUGCUGUAAGCCAAAUGAAGGCGUAGAAUCGCUGUGGAAGAUUUUUCUCGUCAAGAGCGCGGCAUCCAAGGCCAUUCGUGCGAGCUACUACAACUUUGCUGCUCGGGAUUUUCCGUCAGACAUCGGAGUCAUCGCUUGCUGCGGUCGCGAAGGGAGAGCGGAAGUACUCUCUGCGGCGAAGUUGGACGUGAAGUUAGGGAGUUCUCCAUCGUCCGCGCAGGCGCGCUUCAAUUUGUACCAUCUAGCCCCAAUGGACACAGAACGCGGUGCAGACUCCCAGUUUUUGUCGCAGUUUCGCGAAGUUUUUGCUCAACUGCCAGAGAAAAGUGAGGCGGAUUGGCUUGGGCAACUAGCUGCGACGGACGCUUAUAGGAGGAUGCACCUUCUCUACCGGGAAUUCGUACGAGACCUGGUGGAGCCAGCAGGUGUGGACUUUGAAGUGAUCGGUGGCUUUCGGCAAGUCUACAAUUUGUUACUGCGGAAGCAGAACUGCUUUGUUACAACGGCACGCAUUCAUGAAAGCACGGGAAAAGCACACGGACGUAUCUCGCGAACCCGAUGGUGCGAUCCGGCAAGAGGACUGCUGCCGUUAGAUGCCUGUGACGGCGCAGAACUGGCCUUCGUGGUUGUGCUUGUAUGGCGGCAGCCUCUGAGCUUGAUUGGCGCGUAUGUAUUUCCACGUUCGUGGCUCCUGCGGAAUAAGAUUGUGCGGUCGGUCUCCUCCCCUGGCCGAAUAUCGAUCACGUUGAAUCCACUUCGCACGGCUGUUCGAUACGCGUCUUGUAAAAGGUUUUACGAAGACCAAUUGCGUUAUUACAUCGAUUUUCAGAGUCGUGCAGAGUGCGAAGUAGGGGAACGCUGUAAGAAGUUCCGGGAAAUUUUGGACCGUGAGGAGAGCGAUGAAACAACCAAGUGAAGAAUCAAGAUAUAAUAGUAACAAGUGCAAAAUGAGCAGAAGAAUCUAGUGAAGAAUCAACAGAGUAUCGCAAAAUAAGCUCUCACUUCAAGCAGAACCAAAUAGAUCUACGAAGGCACGACCUUUUUGGAAGAUUGCGUGAAACAUUCUCGACGCCACGAAGCGCAAGUCUAGUGUGCAUAAUCCUUGAGAGACGAUCACGACAGGUCUCUAAGAUCUCAUAACAUGGUGCGC